AUGGAGCUGAUUUCUUAUGUUGGAUUGAUUAAAACUGUAACGAGAUUUGCUAAAUGUUAUGAGGGUCUCGUGAAGGAGUUCACUGUUAACAUUCUUGUGAAUUAUGCUGACCCUAGAAGUAAAGAGUUUAGGAAAGUUGAAGAUGAACAAGGUGAACUGGAAGUAACAGAUAACCAGGUUUGCAAAGUUAUAACUGCAAAUCAGGUGAAUACCUGGCAUGUGAACGACAAGCUCCCAUCUAGCAAAUUGAGUGUCAAAUAUGCCAUCCUCCAUAGAAUUAGAGCUGCAAAUUGGGUUAUUACCAACAACUCUUCAGUUAUCUCUGUGAGUUUUGGAAAAUUUAUUUAUACAGUUGGAAGCAAGAAGGCCUUUGAUUAUGGUGCCUACAUUUUUGAUCAAACUAUGAAUCAUAGUGGCACAUGCGCAGUAAAGAUACCUAUUGCCUUUCCUACUCUCAUCUGUGGUAUUAUCCUAAGCCAAUAUCCUGGGAUUCUUCUUGGUACUGAUGUAAUAUCCAAAAUGGAGUCUAUUUUGUCCCUUCACUUUAAACUGUUUACAGGUAAGCAUGUCCUUGACAUUGCAAUGACAUCUGCAUCUGCUAAUAACAAGACCUCAACCAAGGCUAAAAUGAUUUCUGAACUAGUGGAGGCUUGUAAAGAACUUGAUGAAGUUAUCAGGGUUAGCACAGCAAGGAAGCUUAAGUUCGAAAAGAUGAUCAAGGAUCUUAAGAAGGGUGACUGUGUUGGUGAGGAACUGGGCUCUGAAGGAGGAAAGUCUGAUGAUGAGGAAGGCAGUUCUGAAGCUGUUGGGUCUACUGGUCCUGAAGACAGUUAG